CCCACGGUUUACUACCUCCCGUGACAUUAUUACCUAUAUAUAUACACAUAUAUAAUAAAAUAACGGCAUAACGUGACACCGGUAUUGAUUCUCAAACUUCUGUUUCAUCAUUUAAUAAAUUGCGCGUUGCAAUUUAUUUUCUUUCUACUUCAUUACUUCAUUUUCGCUAAAUUGCGUAAACUCAUUACUUAUAAAAUACACUAAUAUAAUUAAAGUAAAUUUCUCGAAAGUAUAUAUCAUAAACUUAAAUAAAAUACUAAUUUAAUUAACGGUGUUAUAAUAGUGUGGAUAAGCCCGGAGAUGUCAAAAAUAAAUAUAGCGUUGAUACUAUUUGUAUUGACGGUGGGCGUUGAUUUACAAAUAAUAUUCCCCGAAGAUUUUGAACCUACGAUUCCAGUGGCUUAUUAUGGAAAUGGAGGUCAACAUCGUCGACCUUUCCCGUCGUUUAGUGUCGCGAGUUUACCGCCGAUACAAAAUAUACGACCGCCAAUUAAUUUUGAUGUGGGUAAUAUCAAUAAAGUCACUGCUGAUGCAAGACCGUUUGUCCACAAUACGAUGACCGGUGAAGAAAAAUACUGGAGUGAUCAUGUGAACAAUAUCCUGUCGCAAGGGGUAACGAGAUUUGCGUUACAUAUGGAUCACGCUAUUGACGUGAAUCAACGUGCGACGACGGUGGGAUUAGACCGUGACAAUGUCGUAUUCUCUCCGUUAAAUCUGGCAGGAACACUGGCAGUUGUGCUGUUGGGUUCUGGCGGCAGGACUUUUGAUGAAAUAGCCAGCAUACUUGGAUUCGAAGCCGGCGUCGACAUAUCAGGACACUCGGAAAUUGUGCAUCACAUGUUUGGUAUCUUAUUAAAUUCAAUAAAAUUGGCCAGCGGCACCGGCAGUCCACAAACAUCGGAAGUUUUUUCAGCCGGUAGUAUUUUUGUACAAUCCGGGUACUCUAUACGUCCUGAAUUCGCGGCAAUCGCUCGUGACGUUUACAAAAAUGACGUUAUCAAUGUCGAUUUUCUUCACGAACCGUCCUUAGCACAAAGUAUCAUAAAUAAUUGGGUUAACUCAAAGACACGAGGAAAAAUUAAUAGCAUUUUACCCGAGCCACCUAGUCGUGCCAGUAAAGUUAUUUUAGCUUCCGCAUUGUACUUCAACGGCGAAUGGAAUCAACAUUUUUUCAAAGGCGCUACCAAAAGAAAACCGUUUUAUCUCGCAUCAGGACAGACAAUUAAUGUCGAUAUGAUGUAUAAUGGCGGUGAAUUUCCAUUUUACGAAGACAAACAGCUCGGAGUUAAAAUCCUCGGCUUACCUUACAGAGACAGCGAUUCCGCAAUUACUGGGUAUUCAUUAAAAUCCGAGGCAACAAUGUACGUGUUACUACCAACAGGAACGGGCUCAAAUGCUUUAAAUGACCUAGAAUCCCGCAUCACUCCAGACGUAAUAAAUUCAUUAAUAAAUAAAAUGAUGAAUUCGACUUGUAUAAUAGCGAUUCCACGGAUGAAACUAUCGAGUACAUUGAGUUUAAAUCGCGCAUUACAAUCACUCGGGCUCACUUCACUGUUUACUCCGGGUGCAGCUAAUCUGGGAUUACUAUCAACUGGUUUAAAUAAUGAAUCAAAUCCAUCCACAAGUGAUCCCAUUAUUUUCUCAAGGAUCAAUACCGAUGAUGAUGAUACUAAUCCUAUGACCCCGACCACCAGCAACGGAGACGGGACUAGUGGCAGUACCGUCAGCGGAAAAGACUUUUCUGGGAAGAAUAAUUACUUCAGGUACAAAGAUUUACAAGGUGGCUAUGAUAUUCAGCAAUGGGAUAAUGGAGUUUAUCUGGAAAAAAUUCACAGAACCAUUCAAAAGCGACAUGUCGAUGUGUCUAGCUCGGGAAAAUUGGGGGAUAAUAAACCAGCGGAAAUCAAUCAGCAGACGACUACUUCCUCGUUUUCAAGGUCUCCGUCGCCUUCAACCUCAACGACCUCAUCAACGCCCUCGUUCUUCAAUCACGAUAAAAAUCCAGUUAAAGUUACCCAAGAUAAAAAUGAAACUACUCAGCGUCGCAGUAAAAGACAAAGUCGUCCGAUUGAUGCCGGAUUUCUGCGGUUUAUCGAGGCCAAAGGAUUUCCGUCUUAUGGUUUAGAUGCACUACGUAACAGCGCAAACUUCGUUAAUCCUGGUUUGUAUGCAUCAGAUGUACUUCAUAAAGUUGAAAUAGAUAUUACUGAAACUGGGACUGUCGCUGCUGCGGCAACAGGAGUUAUAAUUGCUAAAUCUGGGGGUCAAAAAAUAUUAAAUGCGAAUCGUCCAUUUUUGUUUUUCAUAAGACAUGACCCUUCUCGUUUAAUUUUAUUCUGGGGAACUGUUAAUAAACCAACUCCUUUUUAUUAAUUGUUUAUACUGUAAAAAGAGGUGUUAAAAAUCAAAUAAUACCGGUGUAGGCGGUGUUAAAAUACGGGUGUUAAAUCGGUGUAAAAAAAUGCCACAUAUAGAAAUUAGAAAAAAAAAAUGUAUUAAGGUAUAUGACCCUUCUAUCAACCAGGCCACCUUUAUCGGCCACUUAGUCGAAAAAUCGAUAUAUUUCCACAAUAAGUACGUAUUAAUGCGUAAAUAGUUUUUUAAAAAAAAAGUAAAAUUAAUGUAGUUAAGAUUAAACAUACUUUGAUUAUUGUAAAAAUUCAUUUCAUAACUAAAAAAAAAAAUAGUAGUGCGUCAGAUGCGAUUUCUGGUGAUUUCUUAUCAGGUAGGUUAAGUAUUCUUGUUUUUUCAAUAACCGAUUACUAAUUAAAAGUAACAAUAAAAGUCCGAUUUUUUUUUUUGUAAUCUUAUUAGCUCGUUUUAUAGUAAUUUUAGGAGUUGAAAAUUCAAUGAUUAUUACCUAAUUUAUAUUAAAAAUACGGUGGCCGAAUAUAGAUACAAGAAAAUUACCUCUGUAUGCAUUAUCUGCCAUCUUAGUUUUACUUUUUUUGAGUUUAUCAGCAUUUAUAUGCAAAAUAGUCAAUUUAAUUUUUUAAUGUCAAAAUAAAUAAACAAAUUGAUUAAGUUAUAUUUCAAAAUAAAUAUAAAUAUUUAGAAUAGAUGUAAAUAAAUUAUAUACAUCCGACCAGCUAAAAUUUUAUCUAAAAGGUGGUCGAUAAAGGGGGUCUAGGCAGGCUGAUAGAGGGGACAUCAGGAAUUGAAGUUAUUUUCAUUUAUUAUUUAAUUUCUAAUAAAUAUUUCUGCAUAUAUUUUAUUUAAUUUGAAAUUAAAUGUAUAAGCUUCAAGGUUCUAUCACUGUUUUAUACAUGAAUUGGUUUUUUAUAUUUUAAUUCUAAAUUCGAAAAAAAAAUACGCUCAACUGGCCGAUAAAAGGGCCACUUACCUUACAUAUAUAUAAAAAUUUAAUGAAUAUUAUCUGGAGGGAAUUUCAAUUUUAAUAUGAACUUAUUUGAAUAAUUAUUUAUUUUAUAUGUAAUUUAUUUAAAAAUUACACAAUUUUACGGUCACCAUUUUAAUCACCAAUGAAUGAAUUAAUUAAUAAAAAUACUGUUUAACUCUAGUAAAUAAAAAAUUCACGAAGUUAAAUAUUUUUAACACCGGUAAAGAAUAUUUCCAUCGAAGGCGGUGUUAAUUUAACACCGAAAAUUUUAACACCUACACUACCUGGACUUACCCCGGUUUUUUUUUACAGUGUACAAAUAUAUGAAACUUUUAUUACAUAAAUUACCACUUGUCUACCCAAAUUUAUUAUUAUAUUAUUAAGAGGAAGGAAAAAAAAACUUUUAGAUAUAUUGAAUUAUCUUCUUACAAAAAAUUAUGCUGCUGGAAAAUUUUCAAUCUAUUUUAAGUGCAAAAAUUUAAAGAUUUCAUUGAAAAUUAUUUUCUUAAUCAAAGAAAUCAGAGUUCACCGCGAAAAAUGCUGAUGCGUAAAUAAAUUUCGAUUCCUUUCUAGGGGGUUAAAAUUAAGAUAAUCAUUUUUCAGCUUAGAUAUCAAACUAAUUAUGUAAUAUUUUCUAUUGAUUUACUAAUCCAGAAAAUAUCGAUUUUAGAAUAAUUAUUUUUCUUUCAGUGCAAUAAUUAAGCCAUACUUUUUUAAUUUUUCAUAUGGAAAUAAUUUAAAUGUUUUAGAAGCUGUAAACAUAAAUUAGUAUUUUUAUACUGCCUAGUUUUUUGACAUAAGCUAAUACCAAAGCUUAAGUAUAUUUAUUUAUAUUUAAUUUUAAAUUUAAUAUAAAAGUAUAAAGAUCAAAAUGGAAAAUUUUUCAUGUUUUACUUACCGCGAUUUUUUUUUUUUCAUACAGUACGAACAAAAUAUAAGUUGAGAUUCCCAGGGAAAUACAUUCACAUAUGAUUAUAUGUUGAUAUUUAUGACUUGUAAUCAUUAAUAAUAUAAUUUAUGGUUAUUAUAUAUAUAAAUUAGGAAAUCUUUUACAGAAAAUUUAUCUCAGUAAUCAGAUAUGCAUCUGAAAUACUACCUUACGACAGAAUCACGAACCGCAAUUUAUAAUUCGCUCGUAUCACUAAAUCAGUAGCAUUAGUCUGUAGA